CUCCGGAGAGGGAGCUCCCUUUAUCUGAGGCUGCACAGCCCGGCGGGCUCCACGGACUUGGUGGAGGCAGCCUCGGCAGCCACAGCCCCAGCAGCGGCGAGGAGGCCCACGGGGCUGGGCAGGGCAGGUGUCCGCAGCCCCCUAGGAACAGAAGGCCCUGGGGGCCCCAGCCCUGGCGGCGUCUCAGGGGAGGUCUCUGGCCGCCGAAGACCUCGCCAUGGGGGCCCCAGGGCGCUGCCGUUCCUGGUCCCACUGGGGGCAGGUGGCCGUGCUGCUGCUGCUGCUGCUCGGGGUGCCCCAGCGAGGCCUGGCACUGCCGCCCAUCCGAUACUCUCAUGCGGGCAUCUGCCCCAACGACAUGAACCCCAACCUCUGGGUGGAUGCCCAGAGCACCUGCAGGCGGGAGUGUGAGACGGACCAGGAGUGUGAGACCUAUGAGAAGUGCUGCCCCAACGUGUGUGGGACCAAGAGCUGUGUGGCAGCCCGCUACAUGGACGUGAAGGGGAAGAAGGGCCCAGUGGGCAUGCCCAAGGAAGCCACGUGCGACCACUUCAUGUGUCUGCAGCAGGGCUCCGAAUGUGACAUCUGGGACGGCCAGCCCGUGUGCAAGUGCAGAGACCGCUGCGAGAAGGAGCCCAGUUUUACCUGUGCCUCCGACGGCCUCACCUACUAUAACCGCUGCUACAUGGACGCUGAGGCCUGCUCCAAGGGCAUCACACUGGCCGUCGUCACCUGCCGCUAUCACUUCACCUGGCCCAACACCAGCCCCCCCCCACCAGAGACCACCAUGCGCCCCACCACCGCUUCCCCAGAGACCCCCGGGCUGGACACAGCGGCCCCAGCUCUGCUCAACCACCCUGCGCACCAGUCGGUCACCGUGGGUGAGACAGUGAGCUUCCUUUGCGAUGUGGUGGGCAGGCCCUGGCCCGAGAUCACCUGGGAGAAGCAGCUGGAGGAUCGGGAGAAUGUGGUCAUGAGGCCCAACCAUGUGCGCGGCAACGUGGCGGUCACCAACAUCGCCCAGCUGGUCAUCUACAACGCCCAGCCCCAGGAUGCUGGCAUCUACACCUGCACGGCCCGCAAUGCUGCCGGCGUCCUGCGGGCUGACUUCCCGCUAUCGGUGGUCAGGGGGGGUCAGGCUUCAGCCACUGCGGAGAGCAGCCCCAACGGCACAGCCUUCCCCACUGCCGAGUGCCUGAAGCCCCCCGACGGUGAGGACUGCGGCGAGGAGCAGACCCGCUGGCACUUCGACGCCCAGGCCAACAACUGCCUGACCUUCACCUUUGGCCACUGCCACCGCAACCGCAACCACUUUGAGACCUACGAGGCGUGCAUGCUGGCCUGCAUGAGUGGGCCGCUGGCCGUGUGCAGCCUGCCCGCCCUGCAGGGGCCCUGCAAGGCCUACGUGCCCCGCUGGGCCUACAACAGCCAGACGGGCCAGUGCCAGUCCUUCGUCUACGGUGGCUGCGAGGGCAACGGCAACAACUUCGAGAGCCGCGAGGCCUGCGAGGAGUCCUGCCCCUUCCCUCGGGGGAAUCAGCGAUGCCGGGCCUGCAAGCCAAGGCAAAAGCUCGUCACCAGCUUCUGUCGGAGCGACUUUGUCAUCUUGGGCCGAGUCUCCGAGCUGACCGAGGAGCCCGACUCGGGUCGCGCCCUGGUGACUGUGGACGAGGUCCUGAAGGACGAGAAGAUGGGCCUCAGGUUCCUCGGCCGGGAGCCGCUGGAGGUCACUCUGCUCCACGUGGACUGGACCUGCCCCUGCCCCAACGUGUCGGUGGGCGAGACGCCGCUCAUCGUCAUGGGUGAGGUGGACGGCGGCAUGGCCAUGCUGCGGCCCGACAGCUUCGUGGGUGCCUCGAACACCAGGCGGGUCCGGAAGCUGCGUGAGGUCAUGCACAAGAAAACCUGUGAUGUCCUCAAGGAGUUCCCGGGCUUGCAGUGAAGCCCUCCACCCCUCCCCAGUCCUCUCCCUGACCCUCUUCCAUUUAUGCAUCCCUGCACCCCUCAGUCAGCAAAUAGGGCAAGGUCAGAUUAGACGGUCUUAGGCCAGCAGGGGAAUAUCAAUCAAUGCAUCAGCAAAAAAGCCACCGGAGGGUCUUACAUCAACUUCUAGUCUUUGGGUUCAAUAAAGAGGGGCCCGUGUCUUUUUUAGCUGAGGGGGACAAAAGGAGAACUCAACAGGCACCGGCAGGUUAUUCCUGAUGACCAGUCUGCUCCGGCCUUGUCCUCGUCUCUUGGCUGUCCACUCCCUCCCCUGGCUCUCCCGGCCUCCCUGCCCCUACCCUGCCUCCCAGCCAGGAUUCUAGAGGUGCAUGAUGGUCACAGGAAUAAUUGAAUGAAUUGGUUUGCAAAAGAGGUAGGUGGGGAUAGAAAGAAGAGCCCAGGAACUGAUUGGACGAGUUCCCCACAGGCCCCCAGAGCGCUGUGAGCAGAGACCACUUCAUGGUGGGGGUUGUGGGAAGUGGGAAGCUGGAGGCAUGGUCCAACCUAGCACAGAGCUGGCCCUGAGCCGGAGGCUGCCGGGCAGCUGCCUUUGGGUGAUGGCCAGCCCCUAGCAGUCCUGAGGCUACCACAGCACAAGCAGAAUACAUGUUUCUUCUCCCUUGGCUUUAUUGAUUGGUUCAUUGAUUGUUGAUUUAUUGAUUCAGUUCUCUUCAAUCCAACUCAGUGGACACUUUCUGAACACUUACUGGGUGCCAGGUACUAGGACCGCAGAGAGGUGUUCGUCACUGCCCAGCUCACAGAGACUGAACACAAACGUCCAGAUCCCAGGGCUCCCCCCAGAAGCAGACCAAUGGCUGGCCCUCCCCAUAGUCAAAAGAUCCCAUUUUUAACAGUGUGCUUUCAGCUGUCACUGGCUUCCUCGGACAUAAAGCAGAUAGAAGCCCCAGGAUCUGUUUUGGUGGGAAGAGAAAUAAAGGAAGAGGAAAAGCAGGCAGGGGAGGGGGUUGGUGAAAGAAUAAGAAAGGAGGGAAGAGGGGAGGCAGGCUUGGGAAGGAAAAGGAAUGUUGCUUGAUGCUCCCAUCUGGUGGUGGCCUUGGGAGCUGCAGGGACCUGGAGAGGCUCUGGGUGUGGCCUGGGAGGGCUGGUUUGGGUAUGUGGCCGCUUGCCGUGAUUUCUGUUUCUGGACUUCCUGUGCAGGUCCGCCACCCCACCACUAGAUAAAGGAUUGGGGAAACCCACUGUCCGCUCUUCAUCUACCCCCAUUCCCUCCUCAGCCCUUCAUUCCUCCAUGCCCCUCCAAAGCUGAAGAAGGUUCUUGUGAGGUGUUUUCGUUUCUUCCUCUAAUGUAGGGGGAAGAUACCAAUUAAAAGCUCAUAGUAUCAACAGCC